AGUGUCAGUCUCAAACCCCCCUAAAUUCCAAGAACCUUCCCAAAUUACCCACUCACUCUUCAAAUACCCCCAGGGUCCUGGCGGCUAGUAUUUUAUUCUCUCUUAUUUGACCAAAAACAAUAAAACCAAUCCCCAUUUGAACCCAUCGUCCUUCUUAUCCCUUCUUAGGGUUUCAAUUUUGAUCAAUUCUUGAGUUUGAUAUUUUCAAUCUCAAAUUCAUAGUUUUAGAAUACCCAUCUAGAUAUCAUUUUUGUGGUUGUAAUAUUUUUUUGGAUUGUUGAAGAGAUGAAGAUGUUGGAGUUAAUUGAUUCGGACUCGUUUGCAUGUUUUGGGUCGUCGAAGAAUGCGUUUCCACCUGGGUUUAGGUUUCAUCCGACAGACGAGGAACUUGUACUGUAUUACUUGAAGAAGAAGAUAUGUCGGAAGAGGAUUCUGCUGGAUGCCAUCGCUGAGACUGACGUGUAUAAGUGGGAUCCUGAGGACUUGCCUGAUCUGUCUAAAUUAAAAACUGGGGACCGGCAGUGGUUCUUCUUUAGCCCCAGAGAUCGAAAGUAUCCUAACGGAGCACGGUCAAACAGGGCAACAAAGCACGGGUAUUGGAAAGCUACGGGAAAGGAUCGAAUUAUUACGUGCAACUCACGUGCUGUUGGAGUUAAGAAGACCCUAGUCUAUUAUAAAGGCCGAGCACCAGUAGGCGAGCGAACAGACUGGGUGAUGCAUGAGUAUACUAUGGAUGAAGAAGAGCUGAAAAGGUGUCAGAAUGUCCAUGACUACUAUGCGCUUUACAAGGUCUUUAAGAAAAGUGGGCCUGGUCCUAAGAAUAAUGAGCAGUAUGGUGCACCUUUUAGAGAAGAGGACUGGGUUGAUGAUGAAUGUCCAAGUGCCAAAGCCUCUGUUCGCCCGGUUGAUGAUGAAUGCCCAAGUGCCAAGGCCUCUGUCCGCCAAGACACUUCCGCAAAGCAUGUCAACGAAGCUCCUUCUGUAGAUGGUGGACUUGAGGAGUUGUUGAACAAUACUGCAGAUGAGGCUGUGCUUGUUGAGCCACUUUGUGCCGACUAUGAUUAUGCCCUAGAGCAGCUUGUAUAUGAGGAAGAUACUGAAAGUACAUUGCUAGAUCAUUCAUCAAGGGAAGUUAAUUUUCCCAAUCAUAGUGCUGUGAUUGCCCCAGGCUGCCAGCAUUACCAUGUGAAGGAAAGCUUUGACCUGACACAGUCAGGCACGUCACAGCUACAGUUGCAUGAGGCACCAGAGGUCACAUCUGCUCCCGUUAGUUGGGAACAACAGCGGCAUGUGGUGGAAGAGGAUUUCCUUGAAGAUUAUCUGGAGAUGAAUGACCUUCUUGGUCCAGAGCCAAGCAUUCAGAACUUUGAUAAUCCGGAGCUGGGUGUUAAAAACUUUGAUGAGGCCGGACCAAGUGGUCAAAACUUUGAUAAGCCUGCUGGAAACUUCGAGGAUUUGCAAUUCGAUUACUUGGAUGGGUUGACAGAAUUUGACUUGUAUCAUGACACACCCUUUCUUCUUGAUGAUAUUAGAACAACUGAUGUGGGGCAAAUUACUGAACCAUACAUGAACAACUUUGUGAAUGGUGCUGUAAAUCCUGUUUCAACAACGUAUUUAAGCACUUUUCAGAAUGAAAUGGUGAACCAUCAGCCAAUGUACUUGAAUAAUGGAGAACAGAUUAGCAAUCAACUGUGGACACAUGAUCAAAGGUUUAACAUCUAUAACCCCAGUGAGGCAAAUCAGUUGGUUGUUCCUCCAGCUAUAUCAGGUGUUGUGUAUGAUAGUAAUUUGGCAAAUCAUCCUAUGGGCGCAAGUCAGAAUCAAAUAGUCAGACAGGAUGAUGGUACACCGUCAUGGUUCUCCUCUCAGUUGUGGGCCUUUGUGGAUUCUAUACCUACCACUCCUGCUGCAGCUGCUGAAAGUCCUCUGGUUAAUGGGGCUUUCAAGCGCAUGUCUAGCUUUAGUAAGUUGAGAAUAAACGCCAGGAACAUGAAUGUUGUGGCAGGUAAUACUGUAACUUCAAGCAGUUCGGGCAACUCUAAGAAUGGGGUUUUUUAUUUUUCUUUUCUUGGAAUACUUUGUGCAAUCUUAUGUGUGUUAGUAGGAACAUUUGUUAAAGUCUUUGGGAGAUACAUAUCCUCUUAAAUAUGCGAAGAAUUUUGGUGUUCUAUCA